CGGCGCCGGCGGUUGGAAGGGGGUGGAGUUGCCCUUGGAGGCGGCACCGGCCCUGGGCCCCGAGGCCCGCCGCGCCCUAUCGGGCCCGAGCCGAGUGGCCCCGCGGAGCCGGCGCGCUCCCGCCUGCAGGGGGAGGGCGGACGGGGCGCGGGGACCGGCCAGGCCGCGGCGGGCGCUGUUUCUCUUUCACUUUCCUUCCCUCUGAGGCCGGCGCGCUGGCGGGCGAGGAGCGGCGGCGGCCGCGGCCGCGGGAUAUGGAAAAGCAGAACCACCAAAAGGAGUGAUGACCAGUGAUCUCAUGAUAAAUCUGGAUGUCAGUUCUCAUGCCUCAGGACAUCCAGUUGGGAACUCCACACCAGCUCCUGGCAUCAGACUUUCAUCUACUUAAUACCCCUCUUUGCCUGUACUACUAAAGCCAGUUAUAGCUGACCACGAAUGGCUACCCAAAGGAAACACUUGGUAAAAGAUUUCAAUCCUUACAUCACCUGCUAUAUCUGUAAAGGGUAUCUGAUCAAGCCAACUACAGUGACCGAAUGCCUCCAUACCUUCUGUAAGACUUGUAUUGUCCAGCACUUUGAAGAUAGCAAUGAUUGUCCAAGGUGUGGCAACCAGGUUCAUGAGACCAAUCCAUUAGAAAUGUUGAGGUUGGACAAUACGUUAGAGGAAAUCAUAUUUAAACUGGUCCCUGGACUACGAGAACAAGAACUUGAGCGUGAAUCUGAAUUUUGGAAGAAAAAUAAGCCUCAAGAAAAUGGACAAGAUGAUACUUCAAAAGUUGACAGACCUAAAGUUGAUGAAGAAGGUGAUGAAAAUCAAGAUGAUAAAGACUAUCACAGAAGUGACCCACAAAUUGCUAUAUGUCUAGAUUGUUUACGAAAUAAUGGACAAUCAGGGGACAAUGUAGUAAAGGGUUUAAUGAAGAAAUUCAUUCGGUGUUCUACACGUGUAACUGUGGGAACUAUUAAAAAAUUUCUAAGUUUAAAACUAAAACUUCCAAGUUCUUAUGAGUUGGAUGUGCUGUGCAAUGGUGAAAUUAUGGGGAAGGAUCAUACUAUGGAAUUCAUCUACAUGACGAGGUGGCGACUAAGAGGCGAAAACUUUCGGUGUCUGAACUGCUCAGCUUCGCAAGUCUGCUCUCAGGAUGGCCCUUUAUAUCAGUCAUACCCCAUGGUAUUGCAGUAUCGACCGAGAAUUGAUUUUGGUUAGACCAAGGGCCCUAGAUGCCACUGAGAUGAAUCCUGCGCUGUUUGUUGACUCAUCGGCAGAUUGCACAGGGACCGGUGUGUGGACCAGAGGGACACAACCAGAUUUCUCAGCAUGCAAAUAAGGCCAUUGUCUGUCUCUAAAUUGUCAGUUGCAUUUAUGUUGUUUCUAUUAAGAGCAAACCAAGUGCCAUUCUGCUACUGAACCAUCUGCAUAAGGUAUCUGUGGUGUCUCACAGUGUACAAUACACGUCACGGUGGAAACAAGUUAGCUGUGCAGCCAUGAUUCGGCCUUUGGAAUAUUUUGCUUGCCUGUUCCAAGAUUGUUCUAAUGUUUAAUUACACUAGUAAUAUGGCUCAAUCUUUGUGGUGUUGCAGUUUUUACAUACUUACUGUUUUAUUAAUUCUUGUUUAAAUAGAGUACUGUACAAGAAACAAUUAUUAUAUCUCGAAAUUAUUUUGUAUGGGAAGUGUAUCUAGAAAAGUGGUUUUUGAGCCACUGUCCUGUUCUUGGUAAGCUUUUUGUGUGCAAAAUAGUUCACUCUUGAGUGUGCAAGUCCUUUUGGGAAGAAUUCCAAUUAUUCUUUAACAUUAGAGCACAUUAUAAUUGUAGACAUUUUGUCAUAUGUCUGUGUAGUCUACCAAUUGCACAAGGAAGGCAGAUUAGCCCUCCAGAUCAAAAACGUAUGUGACUUCUUAGAGAGCUGAAGUUAGAUUCACAACCAUUCAAAAUGUUGGCAGCUGAUCACAUUUACUUCUAACAAAAUUAAUGUGUAAGUAAGGUUAAUCUUCUUUCAUAAUGCCUUAUGACAAGCGGGUGCUGCUUCAUGAAAUGUCAUUGUAUGCCCAUUUUAUGUAUGCAUCAUUUUAUUGUCACCCUCAUUCAAUGAGUACAUGGUUUCUCUUUUUAAGUUGGCCUUAGGUGUGUGUCAUUUGGCAUGCAGAGGAUUUUGAUGAUUUUAAAGAUUAGGAUUUUUAGAGCAGAUAACAUUAGCUAUUUUAUGUAUUUCAAAAAUUUCAAAGCAAUUGUAGAUUAAAAUUGUCACCUAUCACAUUUCCAAACCAUAUGCAUAAAAUAGAAUAAAUGCAGUGUAGUAGAUAAAUACGCUAACCAAAAUUAAUGGUUUGAGGAUAUUUCAUUUUAGAUCCUGUAGUAAUCAGGGGGAAUGGGAUUACCGUUUUAUACAUAAAUUCCGUUAAGGUCUGAGCUGUGACAGUGUCUCUGAUUUGGUGGUUCUGUUAAGUCUUCCAUUCAUUUUGAGAUUAGUCCGCAAGUCAAAGAAUGUCUUGUUAUCUUAAAUUAUAUGAAGAACUUCAUUUUAAACCUUUUAAAAUUUACACUUGUUUUAAAAAAUCUUCUUUGAAAAUUAAGUUUUAUUAAUUGCUUCAAAAUAAGUUAGCCUCAAACUUAGGAAAAAAUCUUGAGUGUUAGGACAAAUAUUUGUUUUAGAAGUCUGACAUGAGCACAAUCUGUGUGUUACACACAUGGUUUUUAUACUGUAUACAUGUAGACGUGCUGCAUUUUCCAGUAAAAUGUAUCACAAAUUAAUGCCUUCUGAAUCUCAAAAUGUACAACUCUAAGAAACAGUACAAAAUACAGCUAAAUUUUGAUGCAUUUCACAAUAUAAGAGGCUGAAACUUCAUAAUUAUCUUUUCCGUCUAUCUUUGUUUCAAGUAAAAAAGUUUAUAUUAAAGUUUUCUGUUGUUUUUGUUCUGACUUGUGAAAAAGGUUAUGGCAAUACUUUCUUGUUUCAUUUUGUUAGAUUGUGUUUGUGCUCGCAAGGGCUCAUAAGCAGAAUUUCAAAGGCAGAUUUUUGUGAACUCUUUAAAUGGUUGGAACAGACCAUUACACUCAACCAAAAACUGAAUUGACUCUAACUACAGAAAUUAUUUUGUCAUGCUGUGAAAUACAAUUCCCUGACAUCCCUAACAAACUGUAAAAUUUAUUAUAAAUUUGUCACAUCAAGGUCAGUAAUUAAAAUAAUGUUUUACAUACAGAAGUUAAUUUUAAUUAACUUAACUCAGAUUGAAUUGAGAGUGCAUUUUAAAAACCACAAAUGAGACCUGGAUGUUUUUGGGUCCCCAGCCAAAACGUACAGCCUUAAAUGAGUUUUAUAUUCAAGAUCUCUUUAAAUUUGGCCUGUUGCCUCAUCAUAUGUAAUUUCACUAUUUUCCAAGGAAAUAUAUAGGAAGCAGUUAUGGAAUUGAGAAUAGUUUUAUAUAAAAUUCCUUUAUUAAUGUUAAUGUAUUAACAUUUUUAUUGAAAUGCAAUGGAAUAUGUGCCAAAACGUGAAAACUUACAGAGAGAAGGGCAUCCAGUUGUCCUUUGGGGAAAGGUACACAUUUUAUGAUGGUCCUGAGUAAUCCGGUGUUACUAUUAGAACCACAGACUUCUUCAACCAACCUCUUUUGGUGUAUUCAACUAUCAUUUUCUAAGUAUGGGACUACUUUCGUGUCGAGUAAUACACUAAAUCCCCAGUUAAUUAUUCCCUAAGUCAGGAUGUGGAAUUUGUAAGAAACCAGGUAUAGAAAAAAUAUACAGGCAACUUUUGUGGUUAGCUUUAUAAACUUAGGGUGCUAAUAAAACAUUCUUUAUCUCAAUAACCUAUGGGAAUAAUCCUCUGAAUCUGCAAAAUUGGAGAAUAAAAAUAAAAUUAAGUUUUUCUUUAGCCUGUUGUUCUUAAGCAAUACACUGAAAGACCUUUACUUCCGUAAAAGAUUUUGUUAUCUGUUUUCUCUGCCUUGGAUAUCAUAGAUGUAAAUGGAUCAAGGAACUUUGGAUAUAAACGCCACCUGUGGUUUAUACUCAUCACCUUAACUGAAGUCAUCAUGUUAGUUAACAGAAAAAUCAGAAUAUGGCCUUUUCUAUAGAUUAACAAAAUACUUUAAAUAUAAAAAAAUAAACUAAAAGACUCAUUAACGAGGCGAUAAUUAGGUCAUUCAUUCUGGGGUGCAGGUACCUUGGGUAAUAUCUUUUAACUACUUUUAGAAAAGUAUAUUAUGUCUUUAUUCAUGGAAAAUCUGUCCCAUACUAAUAUGCAACAUUUUAUAAAUUUAAUGAGUUUGCUCAACUAUAUUAUACACUCAAGUGGAAUCUAAAUUUAAAUGAUUCUUUAAGGGGAAAAAAGUGUGUUAUAUACUAUUGUGAACUGUUUAGCUUUAUUGAAAUAUUUAAGAGAAAGUGCCUCAUUGCUAAAGUGCAUUUCUGUUUUAGAUUUAUUGCAUACAUUGAGUUAUCUGUACCUGUCUCUUAUGAAUGGUUUCGUAUCUAAAUAGGCACUCAUAAGAGUAAUCUCUUUUUGAAAGAUUUUCAUAAGAAAAUAGAUAUCGCCAAAGAUAUUUUACUGUUAAUUAAUAACCAUGUUGGAGAGACAGUUUUAACAGUUUGGAAGUUGGAAAUUUUUAGAUUGCAAUUUAAUUUUAUAUAGUUAGGCAAUAACCUUGAUUAAUAGCAAAACUAUCACCAAAGAAAGGCUUUAAACUGAAUUAUCACAGAUCAGUCAAAUGCAGGUUUUUCUUGCAGUAAUCAGAGUACAGUUCCUUUCAAAUAUGUUCAUUGUUUUUCAGAACCAUCUGACAGAUUUUAGGAAAUCCUCAAAGGUGAGAGAGAUAAACACAACAAAUAGCCUCCUUCUGGAUGAAAAGCGCGAGAAAUACAUACUUUGAGAAGAAAAUUGAAAUUGAGGUUUUAAAUUCUAAUUUGAGAAGCUUUUUAUUCCAUGGAGGCAGUAUAAACUAAAAUUAUGCUUAUUUAGUUUCCUGAGUUCUCUGUAAUAUGGGAAAUUUUGUUAAAGACAGACCUUGGGAAAAGUGCCGACAUGCUUACUUGUAUAGAAAAUAGUAUAUUCUAUUGGACUUACAUAAGUAAGUGCUUUUUCUGUAAUUAAAACAAAAUUUUCAUGAAAGCCUGUUUUUCUUCCCUUAAAAAGUAACUCUGUCUUGUUUCUCAGCAAUGGCUUUAUUGUCAUUAGCAUUUAGCCAUACAGCCAAAUCUGGCAAAAUGGGUCCCAGAUCAAGAGCAUAUACAUCAAGUUAAGCACUCUCCCUACACCGUUCCCUUUGGGCGCUCCUGGAGUGGGCACCUUAAAGGUGAAGCGCAUGUUGUGAAGUCUUUAUGAUGGUGAGCCUCCUUGUGUAGGAUAAAACUCUAUGACAUGCUCUGGUUUAUCAGAAGGAAGUUUUCAGCAGGCUGUUUUAUACCAGUAAGACGUUGGUUGGUUGUAAGAAUUACAAAAAUGAAUGAGUUUGCCAUACUUUAAUUUUCUGGAUUAGAAACACAAAAACGUGAAAUGCUAUUAUUAUUUUAAGAUAUAUAUCCCUGCAAUAAGGAGCAUAACAUGUUCCAGAUCUAGUUUAUGAAAAAUUGAAAGAUACGCUAGAGACUCAGAAACCCUUUCAAAGCACAAAAUAACCAGCUGUUUCUGGAUUUGCUUGAUGGGCCUAGUUCACUAGUAUUUUAAUGGAAAAACAUCAGAUUGAAAAUUCAUUAAAAUGUGUUUAAAUAUACAUUACAGGGUUUUCAUAAUUUUCUUUUUCUUAAAGCAAUGGCAUUUUCCCAAAAAUUUAAAGUGAUUCUCUUCCUAGUGUAAUGUAGUUUUCACAAAUAGUGUGUUUACUUGCUGUCCUUACUAUAUUUUCAAAUAGAAUCAAAAUGCUUGAGCACUUCCUUUUCAGAAAGUUAUGAAAUUAAACUUAUUAUUUUAAAUGCUCACUAAAAUGUGUCUGUACUCAUUAUGCCUUUUCUAGGAUUCGAAACCAAGACAUUGUUCAGAAAUGCUUUUUAAUUUUAAUUAUCUUUAAAUCUAGAAUCAAGCGAAACAGAUAUACGUUAAAUACCGGUCUAGUUUUCUUCCAUCUCUCAGAGCUUCAUGGAAUAAGAAACUGAUCUAGUACAAGUGAAUAUUGGACAUUUCUGGGCAAUCUGGAGAUAGUAAACAGAUCAUUUCUCCGUAGACUUCCCAUCAGUCCACUGGCACAGGAGUUCUACACAUUAAAAGUGUAAUGGGAUCAGCCUAACAUUGUUUGGGGUCGGUUUUCUUUUGCUGUAUUUUUUAGAACGGGGUUGGGGGCCUAAGUGUCCUUAUGAAGCUGUGGUCCACGACAAGAGCUUGUGGGGGGAGCGCCAGUCUUCUGCGUUCCUGCAUCUGGCAACACAACAGCAAGCAUCCGUUUUAAUAGAGUCGCCCUCACAUUAAAUAAAACCAUCAUAGAGUAUAUUGUACAGUUAUGUUGCUAAUUUUCCUUUGAAAUAUAAAAUAUUUUAAGCUUUUUUUGUCAAAAGUGGUAACAUCUUAAUACAAAUAAAAACCUUUUUGUGGUUGUAAGAUUUAGCUUAUAAAUCAUUCAAAUUGAAGUGAAAGAAUUACCAGGUCAUUGUUAAUGACUUAGUCUAUUAAGAAUAUAUGUAUUUUUGUAAAGGAAAAGCACUUGUAGAUAUUUAAUCAGUACAAGAUAUAUGUCUGUUUUGCAGAAAUAAAAUGCUGCUUAGAGAUUCUCUUUAAAUGUUUUUUAUUUUUGUGCUCAAAUGUAUUUUCUGUUGAUCUGUGGAAUGUUCUGUACAAAGCUGUAUGGUUGUACUGUUUGGCUAGAUACUUUUGUUUUUUAAAAUCUGGACUUAGCCAAGUAUAUUUGACCAUGUUAAAAACAGUAUCUUUGUUAUUAAAAAUUUGAUUGCAUAA